AUGACUGAACAACCUCAUUAUGCGUAUGAUGAUGAAGAUUUUUCACAAUUUUAUGAUAAAAUGGUAGAAAAUUUACCAUCACAUGAAUAUUGGUUAGAUACGAUAGAUAAUUUAUACAUAAAUAUUGUUAGAAAAAGUUUAAUACAUAUAAAAGAUUCUGUUGGUCGAGUAAUUGAAUUAGGAACUGGAACAGCCACAACUUUACUCUCUUUGAAAAAUCAUUUAUCAAUUGACAAUCGAACAAUGGAUUUAAUUGGUGUAGAUAAUUCAAAAGUAAUGCUUCAACGAGCAAUAGAAAAAAUUGAUAAAAAUGAUAAUAUCAAUAUUCGUUUUCAUUUGAUACAAGCUUCUCUAACAGAUUUUGCUGAAAAAUUACCAUUUGAACAUCAUUCAAUUGAUUGUAUAUUAUUAACAGCGGGCACAUUUCAUCAUCUCAUCACUGAUCAAGAACGAAUUAUGUGUUUAAAUAAUAUUCAUCAAUUUUUAAAAUUUCAUACAGGUUUAGGUAUGAUUUAUUUGAUACCCGAAUGUGCAAUUCAUAUUGAUGAUUCUUUAGUGAAAGAAGAUGAAGAGAAAAUAAAUGAAAACGAUAAUAAUUAUCAAUUUAUAUCACAGAAGAGAACAAAUUGGCAAGAUAAAAUUAAUCAAGACUGGUAUUGUGAACAAAUAUUUCAAUUAAAAAAAGGAAAAGAUAUUAAUCGAACAUUAAAAUGGACUAUUAGAACAUGUACACCAAAAUAUCUUAUAAAUUUAUUGAUGAAAAAUGGAUUUAAACCUGUUUACUAUUGUUUGAAUGGAAUAGAUUUAAUAAAUAGUGAUCAAAUUAAUUUAAAGGACGAUGAUGUUUUUAUCACACCGUUUAUUGUCGUUUUUCAAACAUAUUAA